GAAGAGAGAGAGAGAAGAAGAAGAAGAAGGGGGGGACUGACGGACGGACGCUCGGCUGCUACUGCUGCUGAAAACAAGCGCCUCUACUCCGCUUGCAUCGCAGGGGACCCCGCUCUUAUUCCUCCCGCUGGCUGUAUUUUUUUUUUACCUGACAAACAAGAUAGAACUUGCACCUGAAUAGGCUUUAUUUUUUUAUUUUUUUGAAACAAGCUCUGGAGAAAAAAAAUGGAUGUUCUACCCAUGUGCAGCAUCUUUCAAGAACUUCAAAUAGUUCACGACACGGGCUAUUUCUCAGCGUUACCGUCACUGGAGGAGUACUGGCAGCAGACAUGCUUGGAGUUGGAGCGCUACCUCCAGAGCGAGCCUUACGUCUCCACAGCCGACCUCAAGUUCGACAGCCAGGAGGACCUCUGGAGUAAGUUGAUCUUGGCCUGCGGGGACAAGGCCAAGGCCGAGUCCGACCCCAAGCUGCCCGCGGCCCACGAGGAGGACAAUCAGGACAGCCAAAUCUUGGACACCAACAGUGUGAAUUCUGACGCCAGCAGCGAAGCUUCAGACAGUUCUGAGGAGCUCUCGCCCAUACACAGCUUUACCUCCAACCCUCUGGGCUCCGUCUUGGUUGGCUCUGGACCUUUUAGCCCCUCCAUCAUAAGCACUCCCCCGUCCUCUCCGGAGGCCAAUUUGGAGGCCGGCGGCGUGACUAACGGCUGGGUCGCCACGCACGCAGAGUUGCACUUGCCGGUCAAAAUCAGGAGUGGCGGGGUGGCAAAGAGCACGGAAAAGACGGGACUCAUCUGCGGGGACGCGUCCCCGGACGGCAGGAGACGAGUACACAGGUGUAACUUCAACGGGUGUCGCAAGGUUUACACGAAGAGCUCCCACCUAAAAGCACACCAGCGCACUCACACAGGUGAAAAGCCUUACAGGUGUUCAUGGAGGGGCUGCGAGUGGCGUUUUGCACGAAGCGACGAGUUGACCAGACACUUCAGGAAGCACACUGCAAAGCCAUUUAAAUGCAGUCACUGUGACAGAUGUUUCUCCAGGUCCGACCAUCUGGCUCUUCACAUGAAGAGACACGUCUAGGGCAGGCCGAGCUUCAACCAAGCAACGCAGAGAAGAGGAAAGUUUGAAAGGAGGAAUUGAGAGAAAAAAAAAAAAAAAGCAAACGCCGUCUCCCGACCAGUCUCUUGGUUGAACUGUCCCAGAACAGAGUGGCGGGAGUGUGUUCCAGCCAAAGCAUGCCGUUUUUGCACCAUACUGAAACCCAGUGCCUCCGGGACCUCUCUUUGGAGAAAGGCGCUCUGAAGGUUGUCUGUUGCAACAAAAA